CCCAUUUAUACUCACCUUCCUAAAUGAGGUAGGUUUAAGCUAGGAUAAGCUCUGGACUGUAAGCUUAUGUGGAGAUAUCAAGGCAUUGCAUCAUUCUCCUGCUUCACAGUCUACCUACCUAGUUGAUUUUGCUCAGUUUAGUCUGGUUCCAAAUGGAUGUCACAAAGAAAGCAACCCUCACGGCAGCCUGCCACUGCAAAGCGGUCCGCCUGACAUUUCCGUCGCCUGAAAAGCCUCUCACCGAGUGUCUGUGUUCGAUAUGUCGACGCUACGGAGCUCUUUGGGUAUCUUUUCAGCCAGAGGAAGUCCAGGUCGGGGGCGGGCCGACUGAGUUCUACAUAUGGGGCGAUAAGGAUCUCCAGUUUCACCGCUGCAAGGAAUGCGGGUGCGUAACUCAUUGGGAGCCGGCGGACAAGGAGCAACAUAAGAUAAUCUCUGUCAACUGUCGGAUGCUGGAGAGGGAGGACUUGGAGAAGUUCCCGAUUAAGAAGUCAGAUGGACCGAAGAAGUGAAGGAUGUGCUCGUGCGGAGCCGGACACUGUCAUCUGCCAGGGGGGCCAAAUAUUUGGUAGUUGUAGGCCUAGAACGAAGCAUUAAAUGCACCGCCAGUUAACUUCAGGAGCGUGAGAUCCCUCACUGUCUUUAGAAUCAUCAGCCGAAGUCCAAAUAUCUAGAUAAGCAACAGAACGUUCCAGACGAGUUUAAACCAAAAAUGCAGCAAGGUUCGAUACUAGGAAGCGUUAUAUUGAAGCCUGUCGCCAAGUUUAAGUGCAGGUGUUGGGAACAUGACAAGAG